GGAAGCGUAUCUUAUAUGGACUUGUUAAGCGUAACAGGUGGAGAUAAUCUGUUUUUGUACGGAGAACCAAGCAAUUUGGUUACUGCUUUUCUGAAAGGGUUUACAGUUCCUGGGCCUCGCGAGCGAGUGAAUUUGGGUGUAAUGUUAGGCGUGUAUCUUCCAACGAUACAACAUAUUCUUGGAGUUACAAUGUUUAUACGGCUUUUUUGGGUUGUUGGAGUCGCAGGAAUAUUGCACACGUUUUUGUUACUCGCUUUGUGCUGCGCAUGUACUCUCUUGACUUCGAUAAGCAUAUCUGCUUUAGCUACUAAUGGAGAAGUUAAGACUGGUGGUGCUUAUUUCCUAAUAUCAAGGAAUUUAGGCACGGAAUUCGGUUCUGCCGUGGGAUUUUUAUUUUAUCUGGCAAAUGCUGUUGCUACUGCAAUGUAUCUAGUCGGCGGUGUUGAAAUAUUGCUUAUUUAUAUUUUUCCUGAUCUCACAAUUGGUGGUAAAGAGGUGCAAAAUGAAACAGGUUUUAUGGGUAUGAUGUCUCACAAUUUACGGUUUUAUUCAACAAUUUUACUCUUUAUUGAAUUCUUAAUUGUUGCAAUGGGCGUCAAAUUUGUCCAACUUCUUGCGCCGGUUUCCCUUCUGUGUGUUAUAAUAUCGAUCUUGGCCUGUUAUGUCGGUGGUUUAGCCAGAACUUUAGACCCAUCUGGAACAAAUUUAUUCCCAAAUUACAUGCACGAAGGAGAAUACCUACCCGGUAAGGCAGCUGAUAGAAAUACUGACGUUUUUCAAGAUGUGGACGCAACUUUUUUCCUUUUACUCGCUAUUUAUUUCCCCGCAGUUACGGGUAUUCUUACUGGAACUAACAUGAGCGGAGAUCUCAAGGAUUCCUCAAAGUCUAUACCUAUAGGCACUAUUUCGGCACAGUUGACCACUUCCUUUAUUUAUUUCCUCCUUGCCUUCGUCUUCGGAGCUGCGAUAAAUGGCGCAGUUUUGCGCGACAAGUAUGGUCAAACGCUUGGUGGAGGGAUGGUUGUGGCGUACCUUGCUUGGCCAAGUUCUUAUGUGUUACUAGUUGGUUCAUUCACAUCAACAUUUGGAGCAGCUUUGCAGUGUUUGUGCAGUGCUCCUCGUCUGCUGCAAGCGCUUGCAAAUGACGAUGUAAUUCCUGUUUUGAAGCCUUUUGCGAAACUGACAAAGAACAAUGAGCCAUUUUAUGGGCUUAUUUUAUCUACCUUGAUAGCGGAAAUGGCUGUGCUCUUGGGUGCUAUGGAUCAUAUUGCGGCAUUAGUGGAUUUCUUCUUUCUGAUGUCGCUGUCAAUAUUGGGGGCUGUCUUAUGCUUUUUUAUCAUGUUCGCUACACACUGGUAUCUAGGGGUGUUAUGCUGUGCUCUGUUUGGUGCUAUUUAUAAAUAUGUUGAGUGGAAGGGGGCCAAAAAAGAAUGGGGUGAUGGUAUGCGAGGUUUAGCUCUUUCAACAGCGCAGUAUUCGAUUAUGAAAGUGGAAGAAAAAGAACCGCAUCCGAAGAAUUUCAGACCGCAGUUGCUACUCUUGCUUUCUAUGAUUUAUCCGAGUGAAACGCAAGACGUUCGGUAUGCACGAUUACUUCAACUUGCUUCACAGAUGAAAGCUGGACGUGGCCUAUCUAUUGUUGUGUCAUUCAUUAGAGGUGAUCCCUUGAGUUCAAACUUACGUGAAGAACUGAAAAAGAGAAUAGAGGAAGACAUGGCUGACUGCAAAUUACGAGGCUUUGCUAAAACAGUAAUUUACGGAGAAAACCAAAUAACAGGGAGUCUUUCGACUUUAAUUCAGAGUGUUGGUUUGGGUGGCCUUCGGCCAAAUACCGUUCUUUUAAGGUGGCCUCUCAAGGGCGACUUUCUUAACAAAAUGCUUGCUGCGACUGCGAUGGAUAUGUGUCUCAUAGUUGCUAAGAAUGUAGUCGAUUUUCCUCACAUGAAACAACGGUUACGAGGCACUUUGGAUGUUUAUUGGAUAGUUCAGGAUGGAGGACUGUGUCUGCUUAUUGCGUAUUUGUUGAAUCAGCACAAAGUUGGUUUUGGUCUUAAAUUCGUUGUUUUGGAGAAUGAUAAUAAUUUGAAAAUUCAAAAAGAUUUGCAAAAUUACGUGUAUAAGUUACGUAUCAACGCGCGAAUACUUGUGAGUAAUAUUACGCGUAAUAUUAAAAAGGACACAGAAAUUGCUACUGUUAAAUCUGCAGCAGCAGUUAGUUUGCAUGUGCAAAAAAUGCACACCGCCGUACGGCUGAAUGAAAUUAUUCUAAAGCAUUCUGCAAAUAGCGAGUUGGUGAUAUUGAAUUUGCCAAAACCUCCAGCAAAUAAAAGGGGUUUGUCGGAUUACGUCCAUUAUCUGGAAGUGUUGUCAGAAGGAGUCAAACGGAUUUUGUUUAUACGUGGUACUGGUAAAGAGAAAUUAGCUACAACUUCUUAA